CACACACACACACACUCAGUCGCCGUGCUCUGACGGAUGGGGAUACACUGCCAAGGAGGACUUAGGGGCGAGAAGAGUGUGUUUCUUUUCUUCUCUGGUGUGUUUUCUUUCUCUUCCGCCUGGCUUUCCUCAUGAGCUGUUAAUUCCAGCCCCGAUCCCGAGGAUGAGGAGGAUCUAUUGGUGAGGAAGACGCAACAAAGGAAGAAGAGGAAACAAGGAGCAACAGGGUGGUAAAUUCUGCAACCGGGAGUGAGCGAAAAAGAGCUUUUCUUUUUCUACAUGCUUGAGCAAGGAGUCUUGACUCCCAGCAGCAGCAGCAGCCAUGUGAGAGGAGCUGUCAACAACCAGAGAAUGCCCAUUUCCAGCUAAAGCAGAGCAGCACCCCCUCCUUCUCUCCCUCCUGCUCCCUCCCUUCUUCUCACAUGAGGACGAGAAGAUGACUAUCACCAGCCGGCAGUCCUUUAAUGUCCUGACGGUCAUCUUCCUCCUGCUGUCCACUGCAGCCCUUUCCGCUCAUUACCGAGUGUGCGAACCCUAUGCUGACCACAAGGGGCGUUACCACUUCGGCUUUCACUGCCCGCGCCUCUCAGACAACAAGACCUACAUGUUCUGCUGCCACCACAACAACACCGCCUUCAAAUACUGCUGCAACGAGACAGAGUUCCAGAUGGUCAUGCAGGUCAACCUCACCACCACCUCAGACGGUUAUGCACACAAUAAUUAUACAGCCCUGGUCGGCGUGUGGAUCUACGGCUUCUUCGUCAUGGUGCUGCUUGCGCUGGACUUUCUCUACUACUCAGCCAUAAACUACGAGCUGUGCAGGGUCUACCUGGAGAAAUGGGGUCUGGGAGGACGCUGGCUGAAGAAGGCUCGGAGUCAGUGGCACAGGUCCAUGCCAGAGGAGAGCGAAUCCCAGGCUCAAGCCCAGCCCAUGGUCCCCAGCCACUACCAGCCCAGACAUAGCCUCAGAGGGGAGAGCCACAGCCCCACGCUCCUGCCCUACAACACAUCCACCGCAUGAAUGAUGCUGCGAGUGGACAAACUGCAGAGUAGCAACACCUUGUUUCCUUAUGCGGUACAGAGGAGAUGCCCCACAGAUGCCCCUCUCUGGACCACAGACACAAAUACCAGUGGUGGGCUAGCCAUACUGUAGUAGUUAGAAAUGACUACUGCCCCUUUGUAAUGAGCACAAAACACCCAUGGACUGACAGAUAGAAGCAGGCUGAAAUGGCAUUUAGAAACCAAGCUGAACAAAGGCUGCCACAAAACACAGAGGACCUUACUGCUGCUGCCACAGCAGAGGAGCGACAGACGCAUUCAUCUGCUCACAGGUGUUCAGUGAUCCCUUGAAAUGGCUGCCAAGGCCUGGAGUGUCCCAAACAAAUUCGAGCUGAACUGGAUAAACUGUACUUGCAAGCGAGGAGGCUUGCCUGUUUUUGAAAAAAAGCUCAUCUUUCUAGAUAUAAAAUGUUAAUUACACUGCUGUGUCAGUUUGUGUUCAGUAGCAGUUAGACACAGUUGUGGGUUAUCUAUUUGGUGAUUUAUUUAUGUGAACUAGUCAGAGAAAUAUAUGAGUGGUUAACAUUCGGAACAUGUAACAGCUUAGGUUGAUGCUGAGCAUCUCACUUAGAGUAGAAUGUUUUUGUUACUUACUAAAACCAGACACAAAAUGUCUCUGCAGCCAUGUUGAAAAACAAUGUCUUGUAUGAAAUGUUUUAGGUCUCCUUUCUGCAAAAGAAGUGAUUUCUCUAUAUUGUAAAGUGUCUGACAAGGACACGCUGCCAUACAGUUAAAACUGCUGUAGAUCUAAAGGUUUUACAUUAGGGCAUCAAGAUUUCUCUUUGGUUUUAGUGGUCGUAAAUGAAGGGAUCUUGACACCCAAUCAGUUAUUCACCCAAAACAUUAAUGAGGAUCAGGGAUUCACAACAUCAAAAGAGAUUUAUGCUAAGUUAAACAUAACCUUAACCCAUGGCUGAGAGCCUACAAGUCCAUUUGAGACCAUUACUUAUAAAGUUAGUGUGAGACAGUUGCCUGGGUAACCUCAUCCAAUGACUUGUUUGCCCUUCCUCAUUACCGGAGAUGCCUAAAAAACAGCUCCAUUAGCAAUAUGAUGCAAAUGAAUAUCCAUUUGGUUCCUUUAUAAGGAGCACUCCACAUCCCACAUUGGUAACAGACAAUUGUAAGUGAUUAGCCAUAAUAGAAAAUGUAUAAAACCCAUUAAAACCCCUCUCACUGUCAGCAAUAAUGUACAGAAGCUUAAACAAAAGGAUGACAUGGUAUGUAAAAGUCAAAAGGGGCCAGCCAAAUGAGAAAUGGGUAAUCUCUGAGGUGUAUCACAGAUUCAGAGAUUUCAGCUCGGUUUACAUUUAUUAAGAAGGUGAAGUCGAUGAAAUUGAGCUGGAAUGUUUCUGGAUAAUGAACUCGUAUCAGAAAAGAUUUCCAACCAUUUUGUAUCAACUUUGUAAGGAGAAAAGUGAAAAUAAUUAUCACUUUUCAAAGAGAGGCUUUAACUCUAGAGCGGCAACUAAUGAGUGCUUUCAUUAUCAAUGAAUCCACCAAUUAUUUUCUCAACUACUCAAUGAACCGCUCGGCCUAUAUAAUGUCAGGAAAUAGUCAUAACUGCAGAUUAUAAUUUCCGAUAGCCUGAGGUCAGGUAUUUAAUUGCUUAUUUUAUUUAACAAACAGAUAAUAAUAAUAAUAAUAAUAAUAAUUAUUAUUAUUAUUAUUAUCAUCAUAAAGAAUAACAUCAAAUUCUUACAUUUGGAACCUGUGAAACUACUAAAACAAUUCAUCAAUCAAAUUACAAUUACCUAGGGCUGCAAAUAAAGAUUAAAUUCAUUGUUGAUGAUUAUCAAUAUGUUGAUCAAUUAUUUUCUCAAUCAAUAAAUAGUUUUUUCUAUGACGUGUCUAUGAAAGCAGCACAAAAUGCCCCCUUCCACAAUUCGUUGAUGUCUUCAAAUUACUUGUUUUGUCCAACCAACAGUCCCAAAUCCCCAGAUAUACAUUUUGAUAAGCAUUUCAGAAGCUGAAACUAGGGAAGUGUUUGUCAUUUUUGCUUGAAAAAUGAAAAAAAAAAUAGACCAUGGCAGAUUAUUAUUCUAUUUGAUAAAUCAACCGAUUGUUUCAGCUCUACAAUCAUCACAUUUUAAGGAAAAGUUAUUACUUCAUACUCAAAUCUGAACUCACUAUUGAGAUACAUUCUUUGUAAUCCAUAAAAUGCUGUCUGAGAACAAAGCAGCUGUUGGUGCCAGACUGUAUAUGAGCAACAACGUGUGAAGACUAGGUGGACAGACGGUGGGUACAGAGGAGUAUCUGUCCCUGUCGUCCAUCUGCAAGUGGUAAUCUGGCAGCUGCCAAGGCUGCCUGUGUACAGAAUCUCUGGUCCGUGCACACAUUGCAAUGUCCUUGCUGAAAGCUAAGAUUGCGUCUGACUCGACACAAAAAUGUGCAGACAGAGAAGAGCCAGCCAUGAGACUUGUUGUCUUGUUUAUCCUAUCUAUUUCAUAAUGUACAAGUGGACCCUCUAAGCAGAACUCUGGUCAAGUGCUGUAAGCGUAGUCUCUCGGCAUCAUCCUCAGAUAUCGGCAAUAAUAUUCACAUUUGCUGAGUUGUUAGAGCAAGUUAAUUCCAAUUUCAAUGGCUAAAGUUUAAUUGCGUGCGCGCCCCAGCAGGCUCAUGCCAUCCCUUUCGGGGGCAGAAGAGUUAGAUGUGUCCAAGUGAAAUAAUUGGCCUAGAGACCAGCAGCGGUCCUAAAUUACACUCUCUUGCUCUCUCUCUCUCUCUGUAGCUGCCUCCUAACUCUGCUCUGUGAACAGCAGCAGCAAAGGGAAGGAGAUGUGUUUUUUUUACAGGUGCAGCAGCACAAAGGAGAUUUAAUUAGUCCCCACUGCAGGAUAAGUAGGAAAAAUCUGAUAUGUUCAAGAACAUGUCUCUUUCCGGGACUCUAAGCUGUGUUCUGACCUGUAAAAAGGCAAAGGAGGUCUGUUCUUAUUACCAAUAAAGGAAAAGUCACACACAGGGGAAAAAAGCUUAAUUUUGCCUGUGACAAGCAGUAGCAGGGUCAAAAAUGGAUUCCUUCAAGAUACAUGAGAGGAAUCUUUCCCCUAUUUCUUAAAAUGUUACAACUCGGUUUUGUGAUGUUUUCUGUUUUGUUAAACAGUCUUGACUCCGACCGGAUGUGAUGUGGUACUGUAAAUCGUAUCAGCUCAAUCUUCUUCCCCCAAAAAAAUUAAAAAUUAAAACAAAAAAUUAAUGGGAAGAAGAGAGCGCACAUCUGUUUCAGUCUCUCCAGGUUGUCAUGGUAACAGUUGCCUUACAGUUGAAUACCCACCUGUACACAGAAGCUUUGUAGUGGUUGAUACCUCACUUUGUGGGUGUGGUGGUGAUGAUAAUGUGCACCGCGUUCUGUCUAUGUAUUUACUACUAGAUAGGAUGUACAGUACCGUUUUCAGUUGGAUUGUUAUUGCACUUGUUGACUUUGUAUUGUCACGACAGGGAGAAAUAAAGUUUUAUCUUUU